UUUUUCUUAUUGUUAUUGUUUAUAAAAUGGCGUUUUCUUUGACUAAAUUGCUGUUAAAUAAUAGAUGUUUUCUUGGAUCUUUGAAGACAAUUAAUGUUAAUUGCUGUUCCUCUUCUACUUACAGUGCUUGGCAAAUUGAUGGAUUUUCAUCUGAUUUGACAGAUUCUCUUAGAUUGAGAGAUGACCUUUUAACUCCAACUAUACGAUCACCAGAUGAGGUGUUAAUCUCUGUGAAUGGUUCCAGUGUUAAUCCAUUAGAUGUUAUCAUGUGUAAAGGAUAUGGUAAUGAAUUAUUGGAGAAAAUCGAUCUAUUAACUCAAUGUAAAGCUCCUCUUGUUUCCUAUGAUCGAUUUCCGUUAACAUUGGGACGUGAUUUUAGUGGUACCAUUGUUGCCAAAGGAUCUAAAGUUGAUUCUCUUGAAAUUGGUGAUCAUGUUUGGGGAGCAAUUCCUCCUUAUAGCCAAGGAACUCAUGGUCAAUAUACAAUUGCCAAGGAUUCUCAGAUUUCGCUGAAACCUAGAAAUUUGAAUCAUGAUGAAGCUGCUUCACUUCCUUACGUCUCUUUGACGGCUCUCGCUGCUAUUCAAACCUUUGGAGGUUUAAAUGAAUUAAAUUGUGCUGGAAAAAGAAUUUUAGUUCUUGGAGGAUCAGGUGGCGUUGGAUCGAUCGCUAUACAAAUUCUUAAACAUUGGGGAUCUUAUGUAGCGACAACUUGUUCAUCCGAUGCUAUCCCAUGGAUUCAAGAAUUAACUGAUGUUGACCAGGCCAUUGAUUAUCGUUCAAAUGAUCUAUCUGGUUUCACUGAAUCGUUUGAUUAUGUUUUCGAUUUUGCUAAACGAAGUGAUCGUUCAUCCAUCGACCAAACUGCUUAUAAAUGUUUGAAAAAGAGUUUCACCUCAGCCUAUGUCACUUUAACAUCUCCUCUUCUUCAAAAUAUCGAUGAAAAAGGACUUGCACUUGGUUUAACCUCUAAUCUAAUAUUUGCUGCUCGUGAUACAAUUAAUGGACUAACAGAAGGACGAACCAUUCGAUGGGCCUUCUAUCAUCCAAGUCGAAGUGGCCUUUUAACGUUGAAAAAACUGGUCGAAGAUGAAAAAGUAAAACCAAUCGUGGAUAAAAAAUUCACCUUUGACCAAUUACCACAAGCUUAUUUAAAUGUUCAAGAUGGUCAUUUACGAGGUAAAACAGUUAUUCAAAUUCAAUGAUUGAUAAAAAUACUUUAUUGAUUCAGGUAUUAAAUACAUAAUUACAUAUAUACAUUUAUAAUAAUUUAAA